AUGGCUUCUCAGUAUGAGACUGCUGUGACAACAGUGUUUGGUUACCUUGUGCCGCUUCUGCUCCUUUGGGGAGUAUGGCAACUGGCGCAGAUCCUCUUUGGGCACCUGGGGUCUAGCUCCAGGAGCCAGAAGAAGGCUCAAGACUUCGAUGCCAAUGCCAAUGGUGGCGGAAUAGCGGCGCCUCGGGGUCCUGCAGCCCGUGUCAAUCCGAGCACAGAGUCUGAGGACUGGCUAGGCUUUUUCAGCUGCUGCACCUGUGGUCGGCCGGAGGAGCCGGCCGUGGAGAGUGACGGAACUGAAGGAGGUGUAAUCGAGUUGAAGUAUGGGCUUCCACGCUCCAAGCUGUACAGUACAAGUUUUGCGCCGGUCAACGAGGACCUGGAUGCCUUGCUGCGCUCAGUGCUGCGCGGGGCACCCACCACCUCGACUCGGCGGGCCUUGCUAGAACUCCGGCACCUCGCAGAGGACCUUCCGGCCUCCGGGUGGGUUCAGCCGCGAGACCCUCGCGUCCUUUUGAGGUUCUUGCUCGCAAGAAACUGCAACGUCCAGCAAGCGUUGGACAUGAUACAGUCGACGAUUGAGUGGCGUUCACAGAAUAGUGCUGCAGAUGUUCUGCCUCGAUGGGACAAGGUUCCCUUCGAGGCGGCAGACCGUUACUGGAAGUGCCAGGGUGUCAUGGGCUUCGAUUUCGAUGGCGACCCGGUGAUCUGGGAGAGGGUUGGAGCCAGCCACGUGCCAACAUUGACCCAAACCUCUGAUGAGUAUGUUGCCAGACACACCAUCUAUUCUUCGGAGUGUCUGAUGGCUUACCUGGAAUGCCUACGGCAGCAACGGCGCAAAGAAGGCAAGCAUGAUGGCUUUCACUUCACCUUAGUCUUAGACCUCGCUGGUCUAAACCUAAGUCACCUGGAUCGGCGGGGCCUAGCGCUCUUCAAGCUCGUCACCCGCAUUCAGGCGGAUAGAUACCCGGAGAUCCUCAAGAGGAUCAUUGCGGUACGCGCUCCAUGGGUCUUCCCUGCCGUCUGGCGAAUUGUGCGCACCUUCCUCGACAAGGGCACAGCGGACAAAGUCCAGAUCGUCAGGGGGGAUGAGACAGAGCAAACGAUCCUGAAGUACAUUCCCCAUGAGACUGUGCCAAAGGCACUUGGAGGUACAAAAAGUUCUGGUGACGAUGAUUACUGCAGUGAUGUGAUCGCGCCUGGGGGACCAAUCCCUCAGUGGGUCCUUCGCAGAUUCAUGAUGUGA